AUGUCUUGCAAAGUAUGGUAUGUUUUCUCUCACGUUUGGUUGGCUGCAACGUUUGCCGUAAUUGUUGCAGCUCUAUCACUCAGCUCUUCCUCCUCCGAAGAGGUCGUUUGUAUUGUGACAGCUGCAUUGCGUGGUCAAGUUUCCGAUAUAGUCUUUGAUGGAGCUCUGGUUGCCAAUGUGCUUAUACUCGUCUGCUACGGCUUAUUUUUGCGAGGUGUGAGAAGAAUAACCAUAAAAAGAAAAAAUAUGACUGUAUAUCGACCAUUGAUAUUGAUAAGCAUAUCCGUGAUUCUUGGUUGGAUUACCAUCAUAAGCUUCGGGGUUAUUUCGAUGCUUAUACGACUCGAUAUCAAUAAUUUGGAUGUAGUCUUGGUUGCCGGUUUACCAAUAAACUUAUCAAUGGCAGGAAACUUUUUUGUUUAUUAUGCUGUCAGCAAGCAGUAUCGUAAAUUGUUUGACGCCCAUCUGCGCAUUCGCGCUGUCAAGAAUUUUCUCGGAUUGAGGGAAGCAAAACCUCAAAAAGGAACGUUGUUUGUUACAAAUUUUCAGCGAUGA